AGGUCUCGGGCCCUCAGGCGGAGCGGCGGGCGCCGGACCCCCAUAUGGAGCGACAGGUCUCGGGCCCUCAGGCGGAGCGGCGGGCGCCGGACCCCCAGGUGGAGCGACAGGCACGACAGUGGGCUCCGAGUCAACUGGUAUGACCGCGGGCACUGGGUCAGACAUUGGAUCGUCCUGACCGGGGUCACAGCGGGCAUCGGGUCACCGCAUCAGGCAGUGGGCUCGAGUCAGCGGGCACCGGGCGUCAUCUGGCAAGGCAGUGGGCUCCGAGUCAACUGGUAUGACCGCAGGCACUGGGUCAGACCAUUGUACGGUCUGGCUGGACAGCGGGCAUGGGUCACCAGGCAUCAGGUCAUUUGGCUCGACAGCGGGCACCGCAUCAUCUGGCAAGGCAGUGGGCUC